CUCCGCCUCCCUCCACUUGGGUUGCCUUGGGUUGUCUUGGGUUGUCCUUGGCUGUCCGCUACUCGACGGCUUUUUUGGUCUACCAAGCUUGUAUUGGUUGGUCCAUCCGGUAUACAAACUGGGCGAUACCUUGCAUACUCCCCAGCCUUUUCUUUUUGCCUCUCCACCCAAUAACCGCCUGGCAUUCGGAUGAUUUUAUCGUUGUGAGUGAAGGUCCCAGAAGGAGACAUUUUUACAGUAAGUAGUACAACUGACAUAGUACACUGAUAUAGUACGAGUACAACAUUCCCGAACGAAAAAGUACCGAGUACAAACCUGCCAGAAUUCCUCCCUUGUGGUGUCCUGCUGUCGCGCGGCGGCUGCUUCUUUAUCCCGACUACAUCCGUCCCUCGUCCCUCGUCCUUCUUUACCUCUUGUCAUCUCAUCCCAAAAAUCGAACGGUACCAUCUGUAUAGUCGGAUCGAGUAUACUCCUCCGGCCCCCCACGACUCUCUCUCCACCCGCCAUUAAAAAAAAGCGUCGCAGGCGUCCCACGAUCACUCCUCGCUCGCGCACCUUCCGCCACAUAGCUUCGAUGAGUCUGACACCUCUCUGCGAUCCCACGACCUCGAAUACACAUAAUGGCUGCGGCCGAGGUUUCUCAGUCCUUCGGAAGUCAUCCAAGGAGCGACCUUGGAUGUACAAGGGAGCCUUGGACGAUUGGGUGGGAUGAGGACGACACACGUAUCCGGCUCCAGCACAUUGCGCUGGCAUGGGUCGCGUCGCGCCGCUCUCACGAUGCCUACUACCACGGCCCGCCUAUGCUUGGUGCACCACGAUGGGAGAAUACGGUGGCUCUUGCGCUGGGUAUCCAACAGCCUAAAGCAGUAACCUUGAGGCCAUUGCGGCUUUUCGUCACAUCGCUUCCGAAGCGCCAUAUCGCUUCCCCCAACGACCCGGACGACGACGAUGAUAGUAGCUGCGACCUCGACGCACCCCUCACCGACCCCUCCGACUCCUCCGACGCUCUCGCUACGGAGCACAACCGCGACGCGGCCGCACACUUCGAUACCCCGCUCCCACUCCGCAAACCGCCGACUGAGCGGAUCUUCGCCGACCCCGCUAUGGCUGCCGCGGCUGUUGACUGGACUUCCCAGGACGGCUUCAAGACGACUGCUAAGAAGAAGACGAAGCAGGCUGCGAAGGCGGCUGCGCAGUCGAAGUGGGAAGAUGACGAUGAUGAGAAGAAGAAAGAGGAGGGAGAGGGAAGUGCCGGCGGUGACGGCGGUGCGGGCGGUGGAGAUGCUGGCGACGCUGGAUCUGGUGAUAAGAAAGGUAAUGAUGAUGGCGAUAAGAAGGAAGACGCUCCGGAAGAAGACAACUGGAGAGGAUUUGAACCUGGGAAGUCUAAGAAGAAGGGCAAGAAGAGCAAGGCUGCAGACCCGGAACCCGAACCCGAACCAGCGAAGGCCCCCGUGUUCGACGCUUUCCAAGAGAUAAAACUGGAUGAUGGGGGCACGCUAAAUCUCAGCUUCGAUAAACCCGCGGCGACGACUGGGUUGGGUUUUGGCUCGUGGGGGAGUAGCUGGAAUACAGGCACGAAGGGGGCGGCUACGACGGGGAGCAGUUGGGAUUUCUCAGCUACGGAUGGGGCGGCGGCUACGGAGGGGAAGAAGGAGGAGGAGGGCGGGGAUAAUCCGUGGAGUGUGAAUCGCGGCAAGCCGAUUACGAAGAAGAAGAAGGGAGGUUUCAGCUUCGGGUUGGACGACGAGGAGACCAAGGAGCCGGAGCCGGAGCCGUCGAAGGAGGAGAAGAAUAAGGAGGAGGACGACGGGGUCAGCGGCCUCGUGUCGAAGAAGGAUAAGAAGAAGAAGAAGGGCGCUGUGUUCUCCUUCGAUGAUCGCACCGCCGAAGAGCCCGUCGUCGUCCCGGAACCGGAGGCGGUGCCGCCUCCUGCAGAGGACGACUGGGGCGCGAGCAGCUGGGGCACGACUACGACGAAGAAGAAGAAGGGGAGGAAGGGCGCUAUUGCUGAGGUCAUCUCCGAGCCGGUCGUGGAGGAGCCGCCUAAGGAGGAACCUAAGGAGGAGCCGCCCGCAGACAAUGCGUGGUCGUUUGGAGCCUCUAAGAAGGAUAAGAAGAAGAAGGGUAAGAAUGCCAUCGAGGAGGUCCCCAAGGAGCCUGAACCCGAAUCGGAGCCCGAGAAAGCGGAGGAGUCGUCGUGGGGCGUGUGGGGUGCUGUGGGGAAGAAGGAUAAGAAGAAUGGCAAGAACGCGGUGGAGGAGAAGGAGCCGACGCCUGAACCGGUACCGGAGCCUGAGCCGGUGCUGGAGAAGGUUGGGGAAGACUUUUGGGCUGGUGGCUGGGCCGCUGCUACGAGCAAGAAGGAUAAGAAGAAGAAGAAGGGUGCGGUUGUUGAGGAGGUCAUACCGGAACCGGAACCGGAACCUGUUCCUGAACCUGAACCGGAAAAGGAAAAGGAAAAGGAAAAGGAAAAGGAAAAGGAAAAGGAAAAGGAAAAGGAAAAGGAAAAGGAAAAGGAAAAGGAAAAGGAAAAGGAAAAGGAAAAGGAAAAGGAGAAGGUUGAGGAAGACUCCUGGGGCGGCGGCUGGGGCGCGGCUACGAGUAAGAAGGAUAGGAAGAAGAAGAAGGGUGGUGUUAUCGAGGAAGUCAUCCCUGAGCCUGAACCUGUACCCGAACCCGAGCUAGAGAAGGUCGUCGAAGAAGACGCUUUCGCGUCAUGGGCAUCUGCUACGACUAAGAAAAAGGGUAAGAAGGGCAGCAAGGUUGUUGAGGAGACUAAGGAGGUCGUUAAGGAACCUACACUCGAGCCUGAGAAGGAGAUAGAGGAAGAGACUUCUGGGACUUCUGGCUGGGGAGGGGGAUGGGGCACGACUACGACUAAGAAGGGCAAGAAGGAUAAGGCUAAGGAGCCGGAACCUGAGCCUAUAGUCGAGGCUGAUACGAUCUCCAAGGCUUUCGAACCUGCUGGCGACGACUGGAUGAGCUUCGGCAAGAAGGACAAGAAGGGUAGCAAGACCUCUAAGGCCCUUGUUGAAGUCAAGGUCGAGGAGCCCGCGCCGCCUCCACCACCCGCUGCACCCGAAGUCGGUGACAUAGCUACCGCUGACGAUUUUAGCGGCUGGGGCGCUGCUUCGAGUAAGAAGAAGAAGGGGAAGAAGGGCGCAGCUGCUGCACCUGUUGUCGAGGAGGAGCCGAUCAAACCUGAUGUCGUCGAAGAGCCAAAGACAGAUUACAUCUGGGGUAGUGUUGGUGCUGGCAAGAAGGACAAGAAGAAGAAGGGCAGCAAGGCUCCUGUUGAGGUCAUCGAGGAGGUCGUCUCUGAAGCUGACCUUAUCGAUCUUGACUUCGGGACUAAGGAUAAGGAGCCCGAAGCCGAUACGUGGGGGGGUACGUGGGGGGCUGCUACGAGUAAGAAGGAUAAGAAGAAGAAGGGCGGUCUUGAUGCGCCGCCGCCUGCGCCGACGCCGCCUUCGAUGGAUCUUACCGAGCCUGAGCCUGAGGAGCCUGCUAAGCCGGCUAAGAAACUCUCCAAGUCUGAGCAGCGCAAGGCUGAUAAGGAGGCUGCGAAGGCUAAGGAGAAGGCAGAGCAAGAUGAGCACGAUGCUGCUGCCGAGGCUGAGCGGGUAGCUGCUGAGGAGGCGGAGAAGGCGGAGAAGGCGGAGAAGGCGGAGGCUGAUGCUGCUGCUGCUGAAGCUGAAGCUGAAGCUGAAGCGAAAGCCAAGGAGGAGGAGGAGGCUGCUGCUGCUGCUGAAGCUGAAGCGAAAGCCAAGGAGGAGGAGGAGGCUGCUGCUGCUGCUGCUGAAGCUGAAGCGAAAGCCAAGGAGGAGGAGGAGGCUGCUGCCGCCGCCGCCGCUGCCAAGAAACCGAAACUUACCAAGAAGCAGCAGGAGAAGGCCGAUAAGGAGGCUGCUCUUGCUAAGAAGAAGGCGGAGAAGGAAGCAAAGGCCGCUGCGGAUGCUGCUGCAGAGGCAGAGGCUGAGGCUAAGCGGAUUGAAGAGGAGGAGGCAGCUGCGCAGGCCGCUGCGCAGGCCGCAAAGGAAGCUGAGGAGCAGGCGGCCAAGGACAAGGAGAUCCAGGACGCGCUCGAUGCGAAGAAGGCGAAAGAGGAUGCGAAAAAGGCCAAAGAGGAUGCGAAAAAGGCCAAAGAGGAUGCGAAAAAGGCUAAAGAGGAAGCCAAGCUCGCCGCCAAGAAGGGUGGGAAGUCGAAGACGAAGAAAGCCGUAGAACAGGAACCGGAACCAGAGCCGGAACCAGAGCCGGAACCAGAGCCGGAACCAGCGCCGGAGCCAGAAGUUGUAGACGUAGUUGACGACGAGGCGGCCGAAUCGCUGGAGAAGGAGCUAGCAGCCAAGACGACGGCAGGGGCCUUUAGCUUCUGGGGUGCGAGCAAGAAGACUAGCAAGGGUACUGAGGCUGCCAAAAAGGAGUCGUCGGCUAAGGAGGCAAUUACGGGUGCUGACAAAGCAGGGAUGCUGGAAGGUGCCACCUUAAGAGACACCACCGCGACGGCGAAGCUCGCAUCGUCCUCAUCAAUGAAAGCAUCGGCGCUGAGCAAGAAACCAGUAGGCGGAAAGAUUGCUGAUAGGUUACGCGCGUUCGAGACGGCCGAGGUUGCGCCCCCGCCGCCACCACCGGAGGAGCCUGCGUCGCCGCCAGCGAAGGAUGAUACGAAGAAGUCCAAGUCAUCGCGCAAGAAGGACGAGGUUGUCGAAGUCGAGGAUUCCCCGAAGAAAGCUGUGCCCGGUAGCUUCCCUGUAGAUAUCAUUGACGAUGAAAUAGUGGAGAUUAUUGAUAUGGCGCCUGCGAAGAAAGAGAAGAAAUCAAAGAAGUCUAGCAAAGCACCUGUAGAGGUCGUCCCGCCUCCACCACCACCACCACCACCACCACCACCAUCGCCGCCUGCGCAGGAGUUUACACCACCGCCAGAGCCGAAGGAAGCGAAGCCCGCUAAGAAGGAGCGCGCAAAGGUUGUGCGCGACGGCGGCGCGUCGUGGGGUACGUGGGGUGCAGCGACUAAGAAGGACGAGAAGAAGUCGAGCAAAUCGAAGGAGGUGAAGCUCGAGAAUUCACCGCCGGCCGAGAAGAAGAAGCGAUCAUCGGGAGCGAAGGCGUCUAAGUCAAGGAAGACUCAAAAGGAGGAUAGAGGCUCUGGGACGGAGAAGUCCUCCGACAAGGAGAAGUCAUUGAAGACGCCGAAACCGAAGUCGAAGGGUCUGUCGAGCAUGUUCGCAUCUACACCACCCAUCUCGAGGUCCAUGUCUACGCGCGAUAAGAGGUCGAGCAGCGGCGCGCGCACGAGUUCGCGUCGCCAGUCGCUGGAUACUGGGAUGAUGUCGCCUCCUCCGGAGAUGUCGUCUAAGGCGGCGAGGAUGCUUGGAGUUACACCUGGCAACCCUAGGAGCAAGUCGGAUCGUAAGAUCAAGUCACGAGAAGUAGAUGACGACGACAUCGUGAUGGUCGAUAAAGCCAGCGACGAAUCCGGCGGUCGCAAAAGAAAAUCAAAGGUACCUAGACAACCCGAUGAGGAAGCCGUUCCUCCACCGCCGCCCUUCGUUCCGAUGGCUCCCGGAAGCGAUGACCUACCUCAUAGGCCGAGGCACAAGAGAAGAUCCAUGACUGACCGAUCCAAUAAGCAGGCUGUUGAUGACGAUAUAGUCAUGGUGGAUGCGAACGGACCCGCCGACGACCGCGAGGGCCGCAGCAGAGGACUGAAGCGCUCCGAAUCCUCGGCGAGGAAAUCCGGCUUCGGCGGCAUGUUUGGCGGGUUCCUGGGGAAGUCGACGAGCGCCAAACCGGAAAGCAGACGGAGGAGCUCGGUCCGGCCAGAUGAGGGCGGCGAGUCGCGACGACGCGAUAGCCAUAAGACGAGGUCGACCGACGACGCCGACGUCAUCAGCGCCGAUAACCCCGUUAUGAGCGGCGGCGCGUCGGAAGAAGACCACGAAGCGCGGAGGGCUGCGCGACGAGCAAGGCGCGCUGAGCGCGAAGCCCAAGAGCGCGCGGCUGACGAAGCUCGGCGGGCUAAAGACGAAGAGCGCCGCGAGCGCCGCCGCAAGGCUGAUGAGGCGGAAGAGGCGCGCAGGCAGGAAGAGCGCGAGGCGAGACGCGCUGCGAGACGUGAGAAGAGGGCUGCAGAGGAGAAGGAUGGUGAGCGCGCUGAGCGACACCGUCUUCGUAGGGAAGAGCGUGCUACGUUGGAGCGGUAUAAUAAUGAUACUGAUGUGCCUCGCGCGAAGCGAUCGGAGCGCCGCAGGUCGACUAUGGAUGGGGCUCCCACCGACGAUGAGGAGCGCCGACGCCGGCACGCUGAACGACGCGCUGCGAAAGAGAGCGGGACGGCGCCGAAGCUGAGUCGUCGCGCCACCGAGCCACCAGAUGCCUACUUCGAGCCUCGCAGUGGUGAAAAGUCCCGCCACGCCACCGACGACGAGCGUCGGCCGCACAAGAGCUCGCGACGCAAGGAGAAGAAGCCCGGCUGGCCGCACUCCCGCACCGACAGCUGGGUGAAGGAGCACAGUGACGCGCCGCCGCCGCCCGAGGACGAAGAGCCCGACCACGACGAGAAGGUCGAUGAUCCCAUCUCCGACGAGGUGGAGCGCAAGAAGACCCGCCGCUCGAGCCGGUAUGAUGACCUCACCCCCGAGGAGGCGGAGGCGAAGCGCCGUCGUCGCGAGAAUAGGCGCGCGGAGCGCGCGGAGAGGGAGAAGGGACGGAGUCGGCCGAGUAGUGCGGGGGAUGAGAGGAGGUAUCUCCCCGAUAUUAAGGGGGGGAGGGAGAGGGAGAGGGAGAGGGAGAGGCCGAGGGAGGUGAGUGGGGGGAGUUGGUGGAAGAAGAUUACGCAGGCUGUGUGA